AUGCAUCUUAAUGAGAUGAAUCUUUGCACUUGUGGCUUGCACAUAUUACAAAAUCCAAACAUUGUCUGUAUUCUCAACACUUGCAGAAAAGUGGCAAUAAAAAAAAGCAGCUACAGUUAUGAUGAUGAAUUAUUUAUAGCAAGAGAAGCCCCGUGUAGGCAGAUUUUUUUUUGCAGUUUAAUGCACCUUUGGACAAUGCCAUUGGAUGAAAACACUGGAAAAUUAUGA